AUGAGUUACAGGCUCAAAACAAAAAAGAAAAUGUCUAAUUUCGUAUAAUUUUUCAUCUUUUUACCGAAGAAAGGAAUAAAUCAGGAGUUUUUUUUCUGCUGAUCAUCACUUCAGAUGCUUCCAGAAUGGAAAAGGAGUUCAGAUCUGAGGAAAUCAGCUGUUGGAGAUGAUAUAACCAGCAGCGAAAGCUCUUCCUGGUCUCAGGGGGACACAGUUUGAGAGCAGCUGUCUUUUUCCAUCAGCAGAAGGAAACAAAAGCAGAUGGUGGCCGAGCCCCUGCUCUCUUCCAGCAGAAGGAGCCGCUCCUCGUUUGGUUUCUGGACCUCUAAGGCUCCAAGUUUCUGCAAAAGGCUGAGAGCCUGAAGGAGCCUCGCUCUGCUGCUGUUCUCGGGGAUCUGGAGUUUUGCUGAUUUUUGGAUGUUUUUCCUUUUUCUUUGGUGUUUCUUCAUUGAGAUCAUCUCAUGUGGAUGUGAGAUCAAUCCCUGGAUUCUGCCCCCUUCAGCUGGAAUCUUCUCACCUCAUUUUGGGAUUUUGUGGAAAAAGAUGAAGAAAAGACCGUUUGGAGGCUGGAAACUUUCUGCUUUGGGACCUGGGAUAGAAUCGGUUCUGUCUUCAGACAAACGCUUUACUACAUGAUGAGGAGGAGGACAGCGAAGCAUCUCUGUGAAAGUUCCUUCCUGCAUCUUUCUAGGGAAUUCUGACUGUCCCGACACAGAACCUAAGUGAACAUUUCCACCAGCAGAUGUUCCAGAACCAGCAGCCGGUUUGGUAGCCGAGCCUGUUGAGGAGACUCUGCCCCGCCCACGAUGCUGCCCGGAGGACCGGCGGCGGGCGCGGGGGGCUGGGGAGGCGGGCUGUGCCUGCUGAGGUGGCUGGGCCUCAGGAUGUGGUCCCGCCGGGGGACCCUGGUCUUCGCUCUGCUCUGGUUCGGGUCCUGGCUGUUUCUGAAUGGUCUGGUUCUGGUCCACAGGAGCAUCCUGUCUGAUUUCUGCUCUGAUGAAAAGAGCAAGAAGAUCCUGCAGCGACUGUGUCUGGAGUUUGGCGAGGGUUCGGUCACGGGCGACAUGUGCGAGGACCUGUGCGUGCUCGGGCGGGUCGAGUACAAACGCUGCCUCUACUACGAGAACGGCAAGAAGGUGAUUGAGGCGCGCUGGAGAGGAAACCCCAUCAUCCUGAAGUCCAAAAAGGAGAACUUCUCCUCCUACGAGCCGCUGGCCAUCCUGGACUAUGAGGACACAGGAGAGGAGCUGUCGGCUCUUGAUGUGGUUUUCUAUGCCACUCUAGAGGUACGAAACUCUCUGGGGCUCAACGACGAGGAGGAGGAGUACGAGGAACGGGAAGGGGGAAACAUCAGCACUUUGGCCAAGCUUUGGGGGAAGAAGCUGAAAAUGAGAGACACGAGCUACUCCAGAGCCGAGCUGGACUCGCUGUGGUCCCUGCUGCAGCAGGAGGAGUACACCUUCCUCAGAAUCUUGCAGGAUCUCAGCAGCCACGUGGCCAAAGUGUUGGGCUCAUGCGGCCACUUCUACGCCGUGGAGUUCCUGUCCGCUGGACACACCUGGGACCAGAACAUCUUCUCCCUGGAGGAGGUGGCGGUUCCGGGGCUGCAGGACCCAGGCCGAGGGAGGUGGUCCACCCGGGAGAUGGUGCACCGCAUCGCGCUGAGCUUCCUGGACAUGGUGUGGCACUUUGAGCACGACUUCACUCACCAGCUGCACCUCUGUGACAUCAAGCCGGAGAACUUCGCCAUCAGGAAGGACCUGACGGUGGUGGCCAUCGACGUGGACAUGGCGUUCUUCGAGCCGAAGAUGAGGGACAUCCUGGAGCAGAACUGCAGCAGCGACGAAGACUGCAGUUUCUUCGACUGCUCGUCCAGGUGUGACGCCGCCAGACGCCGCUGCAGCCCCCGCCGCCAGAACAGCAACCUGCAGGUGAUCUGUGAGAAGAUCUUCCGGCCGUGGUUUUCUCCCACGAUCCUCGGGGCCAAAGCCGGACUCCCUCUGCAGGUGGAGCUGCAGCGCGCCGUGCAGGAGUGCUCCGAGACAGACGGAGGGGAGAACCAACUCAAAGAGGAAGAAGGAAAACGGAGCAUCCUGCAGCGUCUGCGCCGCAUCCUGAACCGCCUCCUCCAGGAGGAGGGGCCGCCGGAAGAAGGAGGAGCCAGGGAGGGACAGAGACACGUCCAUACAGCUCUGAACUUUUGAAGAUAAAGACCAGGAUGUGAACGCAUCCACAUAAAGAAUGUGAAGAAACGGUUCCUCGUCCAUCCCUCCAUGAAGCCUGGCGUCCGUUCUGGAGAUGAUUCUCCAGUUUUUACAAAAAUUUUCACUGUGACCGUCUCGGAGGCUGGCAGCUUCAUACUGAACACACCUGCAGUCACAGGGAACCUCCGCUUCCCCCCAACUCUCCUCGACAAUUUCUACCCGUGCAGUUUCCUCCUUUUGAACGGCCAAAAGGUUAGUCUCAGUGAGAUUCCAACACAUCUCUUUAGUUUAAAGAGAAACUCUGAAGAAUUAAAAAAAAUCAGCUAUGCAGCAGAAACUGAAGAGCCAGUGAGCAACACGCUACCUGGAAAUGAAAGAAAUACCUCCUGAGAACCAGUUCCUCCAACCGUCAGGAGAGCUCGCCCUCCGUGCUUCUGCCUGUCAGCACAGCUUGACCUACUUUUUAUAGACAGAGUCAAUCAAUUCAUGUGACAACUAAACACAGCCUUAAUAUUCUUUUGUUCAUGUUUACACAUAACUUAUUUGUAAAUAUUGAUGAAAUCCAUUUGAAGUAAGCAUGAGUUCAAAUGUUCUAGUCAUUUUUUGGACAAUAAUAUAACUUCUCUUUCCCAUCUUUGUGCAUUUACAGAUGCUUUUUCCUUGAAGAUGCAGCAAAAAUGCGACACAGUUUGCAAAAACCGGUUUCUGUGAUAGUCCAAAUCAAUUCUCAAAUGAAGACCAACAUUCACAGAUCAAACCACAGUUCUUACUAUGUAAUAUAAAUAUGUCUGAAUUGUUGCUGUAUUUUCUUUUAUUGGAUGUAUGACAACUUAAAAUGUAUGCUUAUAAUCCCCAUCCUUUAUACCAGUGGUCCCCAACCACCGGGCCGCGGACCGGUACCGGUCCGUGAACCCCUUGUCAACGGGCCGUGGAAGAAAUUUUAUUUAGACGAAAUCUUUCAUUUUGAAAAUUGACCGGAUUCUCUCGAUUAGCUUGAGCGCUAAAAGCAGUCUGGCGGCGUGUAACACGAGACAGGUUGCAUGUGGAAGCUUUGUUUGCAAAUGGAUCGGAUAAUUGAGAGACAGAACAGACGAAAGAACAGGUGAUUCCAGCACCGUACCUGUUUGUGACUUUCAUGAACGAAUCUGAUCUUUUGAUCGGUCAUAGAAAUGCUGAAAUGAGCUCAUCCAUUCAGACGCUCAUUUCAGAGAAGUUGUGAACAAGUUGUGUUAAAUGAGAUGAUCUUAUAAUGGUAAAAUUAACUCAUUUUUAACCACUCUUAACAUAACGGUAACACACACUCAUUCUGCAUGGAGAAAUGGCAUCAGCUGACGCAGAAGGAGCUUGAAAUUAUCCUGAUUAUUGCGGAGGAUAAUUAUCAUCCAGAGUUGGUGUCUAACAUGGAUGAAACUGGAAAAUUCUGGAUAGAGACGUCCUCUCGCACUUAUUUGAUGAUGAAGGAGCUCAGAUAGAGACCAGUUAAAACCAGCCCUGCUCCAAAGAGUAACGAUUGGUUUGGAGAGAGUUCUCUGAUCGUCUGAUGAGAAACCUUCCAACAGCUCCAUAACACGAGUCACUCCACCAGACAUGCUUAAGAUGUAGAAAAAAAUGUUUUUGUCCUAAAUAAAUUCUUUUUCUGAACUAUAUGAAGAUAUACAUCAAAUGUCAGUUUUCUAAAACAUUUUAAUAAUCAAUAAUAAUAAUUUAAAAUCAAUAAAAUCACAGAAACCAGGAAAUGUAUUCUGAUUAUAUUUGUUUUGCUGUGAUGUUUUUCUGUUUCAUCUUCUUGUUCCAUGACUUUAUCAGCUAUAAAAAAGUAGGUCAAGCUGAGCUCCACUACGGCUUCAUUUUGCAGUUGUUUCAGUGGAACCGUUCAAGAUGUGUCCUGCACUGUUGGACCAGCUUAUUUCUUGUUGGAGAUUUAAUGUGAAAAUCCUUUUUUUUUCUUUCUUUUUUUAAUUCUGUGUCUCCACCACCUCAUGAUCUGUUGCAUUUCAGCCUCCAUGUUUUUUCACAUUCUUUUCCAGCGUUUGAGGUCAGAUGACUCAUUUGGCUUAAAGAAAAUGAUAGUUCCGUGUUUUAAGGCAUUCAUUUCCUCCAACUGUACACCAUCAAUCAAAUGUCCGGUGUGGCAGAGAUUGAUUUAAUGCAGCUCUAGCUCAUGUUUGUUUGUUGUGGUUUCUAAUGAAAUGUUCUUUCUGCUGAGUCAUGAUCACACAUGGUUGUAGUUAACGGUGACCAGCGCUCUGUUUUCUCAGUGUUUGCUGCUCGUUGUCAGAUCCUCUAGUGUCCCUCGUCUUUCAGGUUUUUGAAUGUAAUUCUUUCUUUUUUCACUUUAGGAUCUUCCAGGAGAGUUAGGAUUAAAGUUUACAGAAUUCCAAAAUAAAAACUGGAGAAACUG